CUGUGGUGAAAUUGACAUGACAUGAUAAAUAAUGACGUGAUUCGAGCGAGAUUCACUGGCUCUCACAUUUUACUUGUUCAAAAUUUUUUACUGUAAUUAUUUGUCUAUUGCGAGAGUAUUUUAAUUAUUGAUAUUAAAACUAUAUAAAAGUCAUAAGUUGGUGCCCAAAAAUAAUACGAUAAAAGAAUCAGCUGACGAACAUAAACAAAGGGCAUGAUAAUAUUCUGUGAAGUGGCGAAAUAUUUACAAAAUACAUAGUGAUCCGUGCUGUAGCUAUGGAUAUUGAUGGUUCAUCUAUGCCAAAUCCCCAAAGUAUUGGGGAAAUAGAUCAAAAUUUACUUUUACAGUUUAGCUGUAUGAAUACUACAGAUAGGGAAGAACUAAUAGGUCAAAUGCAGAGACUAUUAGGACCAAGUUUGACCCAUAACACAGCCAGUUUUUUUCUUGAUAUGAGUAAUUGGAAUUUGCAGACUGCAAUAUGUUGCUAUUUAGACUAUACCUUACCACAAAAACUUCCAUCAAUGUCAUUGAAGGCUGCUCAAAGUCAGGAAACUGCUGUUGGUCCCGGGGUUUGUUUUGAACAAAAUUGGACCAUUGCUAAUACAGGGGCUGAGAGUUGGCCUGGUAGCUGUAGACUGGUACAAGCUGGAGGAGAGCCACUUGGUGCCACACCUGUUUAUGUGCCUCCUUUACCUCCGGGACACUCCACCACUGUUAUGUUAACAUUAGUUGCACCUAGCAGGCCUGGUACACAUAGGGGCUAUUUCCACUUAGUGACUGAAAAAGGAGACCAAAUAGGAGAUACAUUGUGGGUGGAAGUCACGGUGGAGUCAGAGAUGACCAUGGCUCUGGUGGAGCAACUAGCUGCACUACCAGUCCCAAGUAGUAGAACAGAUGACGCUGCCACAUCUAACGUUACUCAGAUGCCACAAGAUGACCAGAUGUGUUGAUAAGAAUUGAUGCAGUGUCACAAAAAUUUUAAUUUAAUUUUACUUAUACAUCACAAAACCAUUGGUUUAAAUUUUUAUCAUUAUAUUAUAAUAUUAAUAUUUGAUUUAUUUAAAUAAAGUUUUUUUUUUCAAUUCAAAAAUAAUGCAUUUUGUAGUAAAAAUUAAGUUACUUGUAUUCUUUCAUGUUCCAUUAAUUUCUUAAUCAAUUGAACCACAAAUGUACAAAUUAAACUGGUUGCUUAGAGAUAAGUAAUACAGUUCGUAAGAAGCUUGCAAAACAUUUCCUGUCCCUUCGCAAAAUGUCCGGCCAUCACGAUGGCUCUAUUUAUUACUCACGCUUGUCUUUUUACUUUUAUUCCAGUGCUCAUGCACGUUUGAAUACUAAGUAAAUCAUCAAGCUCUUGGAAAUCUUUAAAUGGAACUGAGUGAGGUAACUUAUAAACUAGUAAGUACAUACAUCUUUUUUUCCAUUUACAAUAUGUUGUGGAGAAGGGACAUUCUGAAAGAGGGAUUUUGUACAAAAAUUACGAACUGAAUUCAGUGCAGAAAAAAAGCAGAACUGCCAAUCUGGAUGUAAAUAUUUUACAAAGGUAUGUUUCCUAGUGGGAUCUCAUGCACCCGAACUAAGUAAUGUACAUUGUAUAAUGAACACCUCCAAAUGGCUUCAUGCAUGAAUUUUUUGGAAGAUAUCAAUCGAUCCUACUUCCGGUGACGUUCAAAUGUUUCUAAUAAACCUGCUAUUUAUAGUACACCAGAAACUUCCAAAUUGUGAAAGUAAAUGUGGUUGUGGCGCACCAGGAGUAAAAGAGUGCAACGUACAAAAAGCGGGCGCCCUGUGACGUCACGUCACACACGGCUGCGUCAAAAUGUAGGCACAAGAAUCAUGAAAUUGUUAUUUGUUUUACAAGGGGGCAAAGUUGUUUAACCGCUCGUUCUAAUAUUGAUACCCGACCAACCGAAAGAUUCCAAAAUUGAACCACGAGCGUAGCAAGAGGUCCGAGAAGUGGAAUCUUGAGCGUUGCGAGGGUUUCAAGGCACGAGGGUUAAACAAACUUUACCUGAACGUGUUUAUUAAACAAACAUUAAAAAAUAUUUCUCAUGCAUGUAGCCCAUUGUAGAGUAGCUGUAAGACAACAAAAAAAAUAUGAAUUUGUUAGAUAGUAAUGAAAAUUUUACAAAACAUUGUAAUGAAGUGUUUAUUUUAGUAGCAUCACUUAUCUUUUAUUUAUAAAUUGCAUUGCCAUUUAGUAAAAUAAAAUUGGGGUUUUAUUUGUAGUUGUAAAACAAUUAUGUAUGUGAAGAGUACAAUUUGAAAGCAAUAAAUGAUUUUAAAUUA